GAAUGUUUUACCAUUUAUCGUUAGAACAUGAAAUUCAACUUCACCCAAAAUAUUUUGGUCAAAGUUUAAUGGAAACUGUCAAGCAAAAAUUAUUUAGUGAAGUAGAAGGAACUUGUACAGGCAAAUAUGGAUUUGUUAUUGCUGUUACUACAAUUGAUACAAUUGGACAUGGAAUGAUUCAACCAGGAAGAGGCUUCGUCACAUUUCCAGUCAAAUACAAAGCUAUUGUUUUUCGUCCAUUUAAAGGUCAAGUGAUGGAUGCUGUUGUUAAUCAAGUUAAUAAAGUUGGCAUUUUCUGUGACAUUGGCCCUCUAAGUUGCUUCAUUUCGCGUCAUUGUAUACCUCCUGAUAUGGAUUUUGAGCCAAACAACAUUCCACCAUGUUAUAAAAAUCAAGAAGAAACAAUUGUUAUUAAACAGGAUGAUGAGAUUCGAUUAAAAAUUAUUGGAAUUAGGGUUGAUGCUACAGAUAUUUUUGCUAUUGGAACUUUAAUGGAUGAUUAUUUGGGGUUGUCUUCUGCUGACUAGAAAAAAGAAAGAGUAAAAGGCUAGUAUUUUUGUUUUGAUCUCUUUAAAUAUUUUUUUUUAAUUUAAUAAGAGAUAUUCUAAGAGAAGGUGAUAUUUAGUAAAUAAGGGAAGUAUCUUUGAGAGAUUCUAAUAAAAAAAUAUAGAGGACAUUGAGAUGACAAAGUAAUUGAUUUGAGGGAGAAAGAAAAUUGUGUUGAUUUAAUUAAGUGUA